AUGCUCCAGCGCCUCACCAGCCUCUUCUUCAGCUCCCCGGCGCCCCCCGAGGACCCCGACUGCCCUCGAGCCUUUGUCUCCGAGGAGGAUGAAGUGGAUGGCUGGCUCAUUAUUGACCUGGCGGACAGCUUCACAGCUCCACCCAGCCCCGGGGCCGCCCCGGCCCCUGCGGGCCGCCCUCCGCCCGCACCCUCCUUGAUGGAUGAGAGCUGGUUUGUUACCCCUCCGGCCUGUUUUACUGCAGAAGGGCCUGGGCUCGGGCCCGCCCGCCUCCAGAGCAGCCCCCUGGAGGACCUCCUCAUCGAGCACCCCAGCAUGUCCGUUUACGUGACCGGCAGCACCAUAGUGCUGGAGCCUGGACCUCCUUCCCCGCACCCUGACGCCGCCCUGCCAGACGGAGACCUUAGCGACGGGGAGUUGGCGCCUGCUCGCCGUGAACCCCGGGCCCUGCACCACGCCGCCCCUCUGCCGGCGCGGGCCACACUGCUGGAGAAGGCGGGCCAGGCGCAGCGGCUGCAGCGGGCCCGGCAGCGGGCCGAGCGCCAUGCUCUGAGCGCCAAGGUGGUGCAACGGCAGAACCGCGCCCGCGAGAGCCGUCCGCGCCGGCCCAAGCACCAGGGCAGCUUUGUCUACCAGCCGUGCCAGCGCCAGUUCAACUACUGA